ACCGCAGCAUCCACUAUAAAACACACCUUUACGCCAGACCCGACCAGGCAAGGCUCACGGCACUCAAAAGGCUCCCCCUUCACAGUCGUUUGCAGCCUGAUGAAAAUGAGGAAGGUGGUCUGGAUGAGCCAGGAGAGGGAGCCGUGGGAGGAGAAGGAGGAGAAGAAGGAGCACACGAGAGCUGAGAAGAAGCUCCUGGCCUUCUGGAUGUCCUUGACCCAUAGGACAUGGACCCUUUUUAGGCCCCGUGAGAGACCUGGUUUCCAACGCUCGGCGUCGGCAGCCCGACUCCUCAAAAGUGAGGCAUGAGAGGUGUGUGUCUGUGUGUGUGUGUGUGUGUGUGUGUGUGAGUGUCUGUCAGUUGCAGAGUGUUAGAAGAGGCCUCACAGACCUGCUGUCAACUGUCAAGCUUUAUGUGUGUGUGUGUCGUUUCAAGUGGAUAAAAGCUGCUAGUUCCAUUCCUCCAUCAUUACAAAAGUGGCAAGUCAAGGCGGAGCUCAAUCGCGGACAAGCGACGAGAUCCUUCCCUCGUGUGGACAUGGAUAUUUGACUGGCAACCUUUCAUGGAACAAUGGGUUAACUGGGACCAGUCAUGGUGGUGACCCAUCUGGCGCUGGAGCUGUGUUUCCAGGGGAAGAAACUCAGAGGCUUCAAGUGCAAACUGACGCGCUCGGCUCAAGGAUUCCUGCCCGAGAGUUCUUGGAUCAUCGCCGCCCAGGUGCUGCUGCCGUAUCUGGUGUCCGGUCUGGGCAUGGUGGCGGCCGGGAUAGUCAUGGAUGUGGUGCAACACUGGGGGGUGUUUCAAGAGAUCUCCGAGGUUUUUAUCUUGGUUCCUGCCCUGGUGGGGCUGAAGGGGAAUCUGGAGAUGACGCUGGCAUCCAGACUGUCAACAGCAGCCAACACUGGACAGCUGGAGGAACCUCAGCAGCAAUGGAAGACAGUUUGCUGUAAUCUGGCUCUAAUUCAGGUCCAGGCCACAGUUGUAGGCUUCCUGGCGGCCCUGGCGGCCGUGAGUCUGGGUGGCGUGAGCAGAGGAAGAGUGGAUGUUCUUCACGCCGCCAUCCUGUGCGUUAGCAGCGUUACCACCGCAUUUGUUGCUGCGUUGGCUCUCGGUCUGGUGAUGGUGGCAGUGAUCGUGGGAUCCAGGAGAGUGGGCAUCAACCCAGAUAACAUAGCAACGCCCAUCGCGGCAAGCUUGGGUGACCUCAUCACUUUGUCUUUGCUUGCGGGCAUCAGCAGCUUCUUCCUGUUCUAUAGAGAUAUGUGGUACCUGCCUCCCGCAGUGUGUGGCCUUUUCCUGCUUCUUGUGCCAGUGUGCGUGUUCAUCGCCCGCCAGUCACCCCCCAUCCGAGAGGUCUUGAGGUCAGGCUGGCAGCCCGUUAUCUUGGCCAUGUCGGUCAGCAGUAUUGGCGGUCUGAUUCUGGAUAAGACGGUGAGCGAUCCAAACUUUGAGGGUAUGGCAGUGUUCACACCAGUUAUCAAUGGCGUAGGGGGAAACCUGGUAGCCAUCCAGGCCAGCAGAAUGUCGACUUUCCUGCACCGUUGGAGCGUUCCUGGAGCUCUACCAUUCAAAAUGACAAAGAACUGUCCAGGACCUUGUGCUACCUUCUGCUCCUCAGACGUGAAUUCCAAAUCUGCCAGAGUCCUUGUCUUCCUCGUCGUCCCUGGACACUUGCUCUUCUUAUACAUGAUCCACCUUCUCCAGGCCGGGCACACAGCCAUGACAGUCACCUUUAUUGUCUGCUAUCUGGCUGCAGCUCUGCUUCAGGUGCUGAUUCUGCUGUAUGUGGCCAACCUGAUGGUGAGGUGGCUGUGGCAGAGGGGCUUGGACCCAGACAACUUCUCCAUCCCCUACCUGACAGCUCUGGGGGACCUGCUGGGAACGGGUUUCUUGGCACUGAGCUUCAGACUCAUUUGGAAGAUCAGCUUUUGACGACCAUGCAAGACGGUGUUUUUAGCCUCGUGACGCCGGGAUAUGUUGCUUGGAUAGAUUCUACUGCAGAUAUUAGAUCAGGGGUGGGCAAACUUCGCAUUGAUUUAACAAAAUUGACGGGGGGGCCAGACAGAUAUUUUACACGUAACAGUCCAGCUGGAAUUAUUGUAUCUGUAAAAGUAUCAUGCAAUCUGCUUUAUGGGCACUUUGAGAUCAUUUAUUUGAUGUAAAGUGCGUUAUAAAUGUAUCAUAAUAAAUGUAUUAUUAUUUAUAUUAUUAUUAUUUAUUAUUAUUAAUUGUAUUAUUAUUAUUAUUAUAUGCUUGUGUCCCUUUUUUCAGGAGCACUUUGUAAACAACAGACCGCAUCAAAUAACGAAAUUAUUGUAUCUGUAAAAGUGUUAUGCAAUCUGCUAUAUGUGCACUUUGAGAUCAUUUAUUUGAUGUAAAGUGCAUUAUAAAUUUAUAAUAAUAAGAAUAAAUUUAUUAUUUAAUAUUAUUAUUAUUAUUAUUAUUAUGUGCUUGUGUCCCUUUUUUCACUUUGUAAACAACAGACCGCAUCAACUAACGAAAUUGAUAAAACCGCCAAACCAUGAAAAUGUCGUCUCAAGCCAUGAUGCCAGCUUGUAUGUUGACUUUAAAUGAAAUACUUUGGAAAGAACGGGCGGGCCAUAUUCAAACACUUGGCGGGCCGGAUGUGGCCCCCGGGCCGUAGUUUGCCCACCCCUGUAUUAGAAUAUGUAAGAAAAAUACAAAUAAAACCUACUUACCAGUUAAUUAUCAGUUGUCAUCUAGCGUAUUUCAAUAUGAAGGUAUGUUAACGAUAGUGGGUUUUGAAGUUUUUGUUGAAACGGUUCUGUGGACUACCCCGGUACACGUGGUCCUGAUAUGCAUGUGACAAAUUGUAGGAUUUUGCAUUAAGCCAACUCGACACGUUCAGGAAUUUUGACCCCUUUUGACCCAGUUUUGCAUGCCAGCGAGUACAUUUGUUGUAAAGCGGUGUGAAGUGUGUUUAAACUGGAGAACGGAACAUUUGGUUUAGAGUCGGACCCAG